CUUUGAGGAGGAAAUCGCUGCUCUCUGCUCCUUCCUGUAGUAACAGCCGCCGCCGCCACCGCCAGAAGCCCGGGCCGGAGCGACAGCCGCGGGGCAGAGAGCCGGCCCCGCCGCCGGACGGCUCGGCGCCACCAGGUGAACGGACAUGGCGGGCUGGAUCCAGGCCCAGCAGCUGCAGGGAGAUGCGCUGCGCCAGAUGCAGGUGCUGUAUGGGCAGCACUUCCCCAUCGAGGUCCGGCAUUACCUAGCGCAGUGGAUCGAGAGCCAGCCAUGGGAUGCCAUCGACCUGGACAAUCCCCAGGACCAAGCCCAGGCCACCCAGCUCCUGGAGGGCCUAGUGCAGGAGCUGCAGAAGAAGGCGGAGCACCAAGUGGGGGAAGAUGGGUUUUUGCUGAAGAUCAAGCUGGGGCACUAUGCCACGCAGCUGCAGAACACGUAUGAUCGCUGCCCCAUGGACCUGGUCCGCUGCAUCCGGCAUAUUCUGUACAAUGAACAGAGGCUGGUCCAAGAAGCCAACAAUGGUACUUCCCCUGCUGGGAUCCUGGUUGACGCCAUGUCCCAGAAACACCUGCAGAUCAACCAGACAUUUGAGGAGCUGCGACUGGUCACACAGGACACGGAGAACGAACUGAAGAAGCUGCAGCAGACCCAGGAGUACUUCAUCAUCCAAUAUCAAGAGAGCCUGCGGAUCCAGGCUCAGUUUGCCCAGCUGGCCCAGCUGAAUCCGCAGGAGCGUCUGAGCCGGGAGACGGCCCUCCAGCAGAAGCAGGUGUCCCUGGAGGCCUGGCUGCAGCGCGAGGCCCAGACGCUGCAGCAGUACCGCGUGGAGCUGGCCGAGAAGCACCAGAAGACCCUGCAGCUGCUGCGGAAGCAGCAGACCAUCAUUCUGGAUGACGAACUGAUCCAGUGGAAGCGGCGGCAGCAGCUGGCCGGGAAUGGAGGGCCCCCCGAGGGCAGCCUGGACGUGCUCCAGUCCUGGUGUGAGAAGUUGGCCGAGAUCAUCUGGCAGAACCGGCAGCAGAUCCGCAGAGCUGAGCACCUCUGCCAGCAGCUGCCCAUCCCCGGCCCCGUGGAGGAGAUGCUGGCCGAGGUCAACGCCACCAUCACAGACAUCAUCUCGGCCCUGGUGACCAGCACAUUCAUCAUCGAGAAGCAGCCCCCUCAGGUCCUGAAGACCCAGACCAAGUUCGCAGCCACUGUGCGCCUGCUGGUGGGCGGGAAGCUGAACGUGCACAUGAACCCCCCCCAGGUGAAGGCCACCAUCAUCAGUGAGCAGCAGGCCAAGUCACUGCUCAAGAACGAGAACACCCGCAACGAGUGCAGUGGAGAGAUCCUGAACAACUGCUGCGUGAUGGAGUAUCACCAGGCCACCGGCACCCUCAGCGCCCACUUCAGGAACAUGUCGCUAAAGAGGAUCAAGCGCGCUGACCGGCGGGGUGCGGAGUCUGUGACGGAGGAGAAGUUCACGGUCCUGUUUGAGUCUCAGUUCAGUGUGGGCAGCAAUGAGCUUGUGUUCCAGGUGAAGACCCUGUCCCUUCCUGUGGUUGUCAUCGUUCACGGCAGCCAGGACCAUAAUGCAACUGCCACUGUGCUGUGGGACAAUGCCUUCGCUGAGCCGGUCCCUGAUCUUCCCGCGCCUGUGGCUCAGGUCCCUGAUCUUCCCGCGCCUGUGGCUCAGGUCCCUGAUCUUCCCGCGCCUGUGGCUCAGGUCCCUGAUCUUCCCGCGCCUGUGGCUCAGGGCAGGGUGCCAUUUGCCGUGCCCGACAAAGUGCUGUGGCCGCAGCUGUGUGAAGCCCUCAACAUGAAAUUCAAGGCCGAAGUGCAGAGCAACCGAGGCCUGACCAAGGAGAACCUCGUGUUCCUGGCGCAGAAGCUGUUCAACAGCAGCAGCAGCCACCUGGAGGACUACAACAGCAUGGCCGUGUCCUGGGCCCAGUUCAACAGGGAAAACCUGCCUGGCUGGAACUACACCUUCUGGCAGUGGUUCGAUGGGGUCAUGGAGGUGCUGAAGAAGCAUCACAAGCCCCAUUGGAAUGAUGGGGCCAUCCUAGGUUUUGUGAAUAAGCAACAGGCCCAUGACCUGCUCAUCAACAAGCCAGAUGGGACCUUCUUGUUGCGCUUCAGCGACUCAGAAAUUGGGGGCAUCACCAUCGCCUGGAAGUUUGACUCUCCUGACCGCAACCUGUGGAACCUGAAGCCAUUCACCACGCGGGAUUUCUCCAUCCGGUCCCUGGCCGACCGGUUGGGGGACCUGAACUAUCUCAUCUACGUGUUUCCUGACCGGCCUAAGGAUGAGGUCUUCUCCAAGUACUACACUCCUGUGCUCGCUAAAGCAGUGGACGGAUACGUGAAGCCACAGAUCAAGCAAGUGGUCCCUGAGUUUGUGAGCGCAUCUGCAGACUCUGCCGGGGGCAGCGCCACCUACAUGGACCAGGCCCCCUCCCCAGCCGUGUGUCCCCAGGCUCAUUAUAACAUGUACCCACAGAACCCUGAUCCCGUUCUCGACCAGGAUGGAGAAUUCGAUCUGGAUGAGACCAUGGAUGUAGCCCGGCACGUGGAGGAACUCUUACGGCGCCCGAUGGACAGUCUGGACCCCCGCCUCUCCCCGCCUGCUGGCCUUUUCACCUCUGCCAGAGGCUCGCUCUCGUGAAUGUUUGAAUCCCACACUUUUCUUUGCAAACAGUACUCAAUGCGAAGGGUUCAUAUGAAUUGUGAUUUUAGUAUUGCUGUGCAUCUUGAUGCCUAUGCAGGCAGCACAUGUACGCGUGCAUAUGUGUGUGUGUUUGUGCACAAGGUGUGCCUGCCUCGCCUUUGCCGUCCUGGGUAUGUGGUUGCAGCAGCAGCAGCCGCCUUUUUCUUCAGAUCAAGGUGUUCCAAGGGCCCACAGGGUCUGCCUCUGUUGUAGAAGAGACUGAGCUUCUUCUGUUGUCGCAGGUACUCAACGAGGGAAACCUAUUCCUGCCUUUAUCUGCUCAGCAGCUAUUUGAAUGAAAUUAUUCAGGAAGGGGAAUGGAGACAGCUAACGUCUCUAAGCUGAAGUUUUACUCCUGAGCUAGAAGCUUCGCCUCCUGGACACACGUGUGCAUUUAUGCCUGUGAAUCUGUUCUCAGGCACGUGUGUUGGUCUAUCGAGUCUUUCCCUCAGGAGGGAGGCUGGGGUUCAGUUGAGUAGUAUUUUAUACUUUAUCUGAUGAAUAUGGACUUCAGACUUCUUGUGAAGUGAGAGCUUAUCUAGACCCUGGCCAUGUCCCUAACACAGCAGAAAUGGGUCAGUUGGGCCUGUCAGAGCUGCUGUGUGUGGCCUCUUGGCCUGCAGCCAGGGGUCUUGGGCUUUGAGUCUAUGAUGCCGUUGCCCAUGACCCUACUCCCUCUUUCCGCUCUAUAUCACCUUCCCUCCAUCAGGCCCCAGGCUUCUUCCUUGCCUGUCUGUCUGCGAGCUUGCUUAUGGGGGAGGCGGGAGCGGGGAAGGGACCGGUCUAGGACAUAGUAGGUGAACAGGGGGCCUGGGACUUGCAUAAUUGAUCCCCUCCCCUCCUGGAAAAAACUGCAGCCAGUGAGCGGCUUGCUGCAUGCCUGUGGAAUCUGGAGUGAGGGUAAGAGCUGAUCUCGGUCCCCUCUGCUGGGAGGCGGAACCUGGAACAGGCCUCCACAGUUGCAUAACUGCCUCUGGUCUCAGAAGGCCUCGCUCCCAAGCUCACAUGCCCCUCCCUCUGAGGCCUAUGACACACAGCCGGGGCCACUGGUGGCAGAAGAUCGCGAGUCUCAGGUUUAAACAUCUCUGAAGGAAGGUGGGGAUGAGAAGAGGGAUUCUUUUGUACUUUGUACAUACGCCACCCAUUUGUGUAAACAGUGUUUUUGAAUAAAAUAUUUUUUUCAUAAA